AUGUCAUUGACAAAGGCCAACAACAAUUUAACUGAAGAUAUGAAGAAAAUUAAGAAGGCGAUUCUUUUGUUGUCAAAAGCCAAUGACAAUUUAACUACAGACAUGAAAACAGUUAAUGAAACGAACGGAUUAUUGGUGGAUCGUUGUAACGAUUUGGAAAAACAAUGCAAUCAGCUAAGUUUACAUCCAAUUCUGUCGGAUAUGUUUACUUAUCUGAUUAACCUGUUAAGUUUAUCAUCAUAUGGUAUACGAACUUCUGGCAUAUCCGUUAACAAACUACGUGAAUGUUUAGAAAGUUCAGUUCCAAACUUGGGAACAAUUGAUGACGUCGACAUAUCUUCGCUUGCAUCAAAUAUUCUCAAUGAUUUAUCAACAGCGAAUAUAUUUUCAAACAAAGAAUAUGAAAUUGCUGAUUUUGAUUCCACCAUCGAAUCACUCGAUCGUUUCCUUUAUCAGCAAUGA